AUGUCUGACUUUGACAGGUUUGUGAAGCUCCUCGGGCUGACCGACGGCCGCGACAAGAUCUACAAGUUCCUCAGUGGUGUGCUGAAUGUUCUCGACAGCAUCGACGCCGUUGACUCCCGCCGGGUUGCAUACAAGUCGGUCAACAAGUCCAUCAAGGACGGCCGCUCCCUGCUGCGCAUGGCCAAGUGGACGGGCAAUGUGCCCAAGAUGCACACCAUCGUUAAGCACUGCGCAGAGAAGCGCAGCCUGGAGCUGAAGAAGGUGAUCGAGUUCCUGCGUGUCCUGGGCGACUUCUUCUACGUCAUUGGCGACAACAUUGGCUUCCUCGUCCGCUACAAGCUGCUGCCUGGCGACUCCAAGAGCAUCCAGUACCGCAGCAAGGUGGCGCAGUUCUGGGGCUUCUUCUUCGCCGCGGUCUUGGACCUCUUCGCGCUGCGCGGUGCGCUGCUGAAGCGCGCUAGCGACGCCGCGACGAGCCGCAAGGAGUUGAAGAGCGCCCUGCUCGGCCUGACGAAGGACGGCUCGGACGUGCUCGUGACGAUGGCCUCCGUCGGCUACAUGAAGGGCGCCUGGUCCCCGAGCCCGGUGACCUCUGGCACCCUCACCGCCGUCUCCGGCGCCGUCGCGACGUACCUGAACUGGAAGAAGGUGAAGUGA